AUGCUUAGUACUAUUGGAGUUGAUUAUAAUGAUCAAUAACUUCUGUGUAAAAGCUACAGUAAACGUGCUUUGUGCCUUAAUUAGCCUUAUAAAAUUCAAAGUUCAGCUGGUUGUUGUGGGGGAGGUGGCUCUUAAAAUAAUAACUAUAGAUUAAGCACAUAUUUUAUUUCUUCUCAAAAAUAAUAACAAUUUGAUAUCUAAAAUCAACCUUUAUUAUAAUAACAACAAAAAACAAAUUAAAAAAUAGAUAAAACAAAUAAUAAUAAGGUUACAUAUGAAUAAUUGAUCAAAUUUGCUUAAGCAGAUGGAUUAAUAAAGAAAUUAAAACAAUUAUCAAUUUUAAGAAUCUGUAAAUCAUUAAAAUCUAGAAGAUGA